GAAUCAAAAAAAUAUAUUAUAAAAUCAAAAGAUAAUUCCUAGAUAUAUUAUGUUCUUAUCCAAAAAUAUUUUCAAUAAAGAAAGUUAAAAAAAUAAGAAACAGAAAACACAUAACUAAAUAGCAAUCAAGUAAACUUCUUAUUUUAUAUAAUUAAAAAAGAAUAUUGAGUGAUCUCUAAGAUUUAUUUAUUAGUGAUAAAAAAUAUACAAAAAAAAAUUCAAAAUUUAUAAUACUUAAAAAAAUUUCAAUACUAAUUUGUCAAAUUAUGGUUUGCUUUACUUUAUAUAUCUAAGACUCGUCUCUAACAAUGAUUAUGUAAACAAAAGAAAUUAUGAUAACUGGAAAACAUUAAACAGAAAAUGGUAUGUUCAUUCAAUAUAAUUUUUAAUUACGGUUCUCAGUGACCGGAUAUAGGUUAAGCUUUACCGGGUUGAUCAAACCGGAGGCAAAUUGAUUAGAGAUUCUACUCCAGUGUCAAGGUGAACAUGGCGCCUCUCAAACAUCUGGAGAUGGAGAAUUCAAUCAUCGACGCAUGUUUCCGAGACUUCUGCGCUUCUCAUGGGAUUCUCACAGUUGAAGAUUUCCUUCUUCAUGACCUCUAUGAACUUGCUGCGUUCGCUGAAAGAGAAGCGAAUGCUGAUAGAUUGAAGGAGGGCAUCACUGUGAUGCUUUCUUUGAUAGAGGUUAAGUGUCGGCCAUUGUUGAAUGGUAUGGAGUUGUUGGAGGAUCUGCAGCGUAAUAAACACACUCUAUCGAGUGGAGACAACGGGGCGGACUCAUUACUUCAAGGUGGGCUACGUGAGGGUCAGCUGACAGAGCUUGUUGGACCAUCGUCUUCUGGUAAAACACAAUUUUGUAUGCAAGCUAGUGCGAGCGUGGCAGAGAAGCAAGAUGGGAGGGUCUUUUAUAUAGACACGGGGAACUCUUUUUGUGCCCGACGCAUUGCUCAAUUCAUCUGUGGAAGUUCGGAUGCUGCUGCUUUACGAAAGAGAGUCUUGAGCAGGAUAUCAUGUCACACGGUCUAUGACAUCUAUACAAUGUUUGAUACGCUGCAAGGUCUAGAGGUUGCUUUGAGGUCUCAGGUGCAGAUGAAUGUGAACGAAUACCGGUUACGAUUGUUAGUCGUUGAUUCAAUCUCUUCUCUGAUUACCCCAAUCCUCGGAGGCAGUGGCUCACAGGGACGCGCUUUGAUGGUGGCACUUGGAUAUCUGCUUAAGAAGCUGGCACAUGAACAUAACAUUGCUGUACUGGUGACGAACCACACGGUGGGUGCUGGAGAAAGCGGUAAAACCAAACCGGCUCUUGGCGAAACCUGGAAAAGCAUUCCGCACGUGAGACUUAUGCUAUCGCGUGACCACAGGAACAGCAACUGCACUAUCUCCAUCUUAAAACACACAUCAAUGUUUCUGUGUGUAUUUGUUUUCUUUAUAGCCUUCUGGCAAAACUGUGCGGACCAUAACUCGCAAGGACAAUCAACAAUGUUUAUAGCCAACUUCUUAUGGAGCAGUGCUGGUUUCACAUAAGCUUGGAUCACCAAGAAGAAACAAUGAUAAUUUAUUUUGUUUAACAAAUGAAUUAACUUUCAAGAUAGAUAACAUAGUAAUCAGAGAUCACUAAACACUUACAAUAAACAUACCAAAUUACAAAGUUUCAAACUUCUGAAUAUAAAUUUAUAUUUAA